AUGGACACGAGGAUCAUAGCCAAGACGAAGUGCAACUACAGGAAGGAGCUGCUCGACGUGAAGGUAUCAACCAUGUUGGUGGCCCGCUAUCUGCUCAUGAGUGACCUUGGCAUCCAUGAGCUUCAGCAUCUCAAGCUUGGCGUCCAAAUCCGGCCGCGCACGAGGACCCUUACGAGAAGACUGAGACUUCUUACUCCCCCCAUUCGUGACCUUCGGGCGUUUAGAUUGUCCCCUUCCACCGGUGUCAGCUGCUGGCGCCUUGCGCUUGCCGUCCUUGGCGACGCACGCACUGCAAAUGCGGUGCUGUUCGUUGUCGCCAAACAUGCUGCCUCAAUUGCCGUGGAGCCGCCCCCCACAUCCUCCCUUGAAAGGGUGGCCUUGUGGGGCCUGCGGCGUCUUAUCCUGUUGAGCGCACAGUUCACCUUCCGCACACGGCAUGCAUCGACCGCGCUAACCGGCUGACCAAUUAAAAGACGUCAGUGCCAGCGGGUAAAAAUCAAGGUCCCUGGAAGGAGGCCAAAACUCGAAAAAUGCGCAAUGCGCUUGAUGCGAAUGCCAAUACGACUCUCUCUACAUGUUCUUUCACGAAGACACACAUCUCAGCUUCACACAUGCCCUCGCCCGAACCUAGGAAGCCACUGAUGCAAAGAGCGGAGGACAGCAAAAGGGUUAUUUCAAGCCCAGCCGAAGCCAGGAUAUCGUGGUAUGCUGCAUCUCCCAAUUUGAUGAUCGUACACUCCCAAGAUCCAACAGUCAUCGUGUCAGC